AUGUCCCAGCGGGGCCCGGGCACGGCCCCGGCACGGCCGCAGCUGCCGGACCGCACAGCGCAGCAGCGCCCGAUAACAGAUACCCGUCACAUUUGGAUUUACAGCCCCUCUGGGAUCCCCACAUUCCCCUCCCGCACCCUCCUGACACUGCCCACACCCAGCCUUCAUCCCACACGUAUCCGGCACACACCGACCCCUGCCGCGCCACCUCCACUGCCCCAGCCCCACACACCGACACACAGCACCCCCACACGCCUGUCCCGCUCACACCGGCCGUGCCCCGCACCGCACCCUGCACGCAGCCCGUCCGCGCACGCACACCCACCCUGCCCCGCACACAACACGCCCCGUGCCCGGCACAUACACCCCUCGCCCCGCACACACCCACCCCACAACGCCGCCGCCGCCACAGCCUGUGCCCCGCACAGCUCCCACCUCCCCGCUUCCGCACAGUCCUCGCGCCAGGCCCGGCUCCACUCCCUGUGCCCCGGCACGGCUGCCCCGGCGGCGGCCGCUCUCUGCCCGCCCCGUCCCGUCCCGUCCCCCGCCCCCGGCAAGCCCACCGGCCAAGCCCGCCAGCCCCGCGCUGCCCCCGGCGGGGCUGAGGGACGGCGCUGA